CUCCUGCUACUCCUCGUCAGACUCGGAGAAGGAGCAGCAGGACCUCCUCCGGGGCAUCAUGUCGAGACGCAGCCUGCGGCUGGACGACGGCCUGCUGGACCGCGGUCUGCCUCACAGCAGCGCCUCCUUCAGUGUGGGAGGAACCAGCUGGAGGAGCACCAGGUCGCUGAAGUCUCGUCGCUCCCAGCAGCUCUCCGUCUCCUGCUCGGAGUCUCUCCUCCUCAGCACUCCUCGCAGAGCGACCGGUCAGUCGCUCCUCAACAGUAGCCUCCACAGCGUGGCCUCCGACGCCUCCCUGCUGUCCUCGCUGCUGGACGACUCCUCCGUGAGGGAGAACACGCUGAUUGACACCCUCUGGGGUUUGGAUCACGACAUCGACCCCAAAGAGAGCACGAUGAUCGCGGAGCAGAGCACCGUCCUGACCGACCGCACUCUGAUCGGUUCAGACGACCGCUGUCCCAAACACUCGCUCCAGACGCUCAGCAGGGUUUACUGUAAAGACUGCGAGCUGCACUCGGACAGGAAGGAGUCCACAUACUGCUCCUCCUCCAAACACACCUCCCCCUCCCCCUCCUCCUCCUCCUCCUCGGGGCCCGGCCCCUCGGGGCCCGCAGAGCCGGAAACUUCCACCAUCUACUGCAGAGACCGGAGCCGCAGGAGCAGGACAGCAGGAGUGCUGGUGUCUGUGUGGGACAGUGUGGUGUCCCUGCUCACUGUCCUCUCUCAUCAGCUGAUGCUGCACAAACACCACGAUGUGACAGAUGUGCUGCAGCUGUGGUGCGACUCCUCUGCGGUGUGUGUGAGGAGAGCUGCGGCCGGCUGUGUGUGGCUGCUCACACACACCUGGCAGGUGUGUCGGAGGCUGCUCGGCACGCGGACGGCUCACAGACCAGGAGGUCGAUCCGGUCGCUGCGGAGUCAUGAACCUGAGGGGGUCCGGCGCCGACCAGACGGAGCUUCACCCCAACGGAUCUCUGU